AGGUAAAAAGUAUAAUAAAAAAACUUAAUAGUUGCUUAUAGAACUCUGAAAAAACUUAUAAGAAACUGGGUUGUCAAUGUGUUUUUGGACUUGUGUUGCUAUCAAAUCUGAAAUCCAACCACUACUUUGGACUUGUGCUGUUAUCAUAACCCAAUCUGCUAGCUUGCUGGAUAACAACAUUCAAUGAUAUAAUACCUUGGUACCUAUUAAUGGUGCUGCAUGUUUUUGGACUUAGCAUCAACAUGGAUUGUCCUGAGGCUUAUCAGGGAUGGUUUUGAAGCGCCUCUCUGUAGAACUUCCUGGCCUACUACCAUUGGUCGCCCUUCAGUGUUUGAAUUUACAGGUGAUUAUGAAUAUAUAGAUGUUUUGAUGAAGGACAGCAAUGGUGGUGGUGAUGAAACAGUGAGGUUGAUAGUGGACAUGGAUCUCAGGUCUCAGUUUGAGCUAGCAAGGCCUACUUCAACAUACUCAGAGCUCACAGCUUCUCUGCCUUUCAUAUUUGUUGGGAGUGAAGAGAAACUAAUGGAGAUAAUAUGUUUGGUUUGCUUAGCAAAUAGCAUCAACAAUUUUCUCAAGACUACUCAGAGACGGAAUUUAGAUUUGAUUGUAUUGUUCAGCUACUGCCAAAUUUAGGGGAUGUUUGUUAUAGCUUUUUGUUUUUUGAAAAGAAAAAAAAAUUAAAAUCAUGAAAACUUGUUUGAUAGAAGUAUUGUUUUCGUGUUCCUAUAUGAAUUGUUGAGGCUGUGCCUCAAAGUUAUGUU